AUGGCAAGCCAAGCUCCUGCUGAUCCCCCGGUCGCCUCUGACUCGGCGCAAACCCUUCCUGAUCGUACCCAAAACCCCGCCGAUAACAGCGCUCCCCAGGGAGAGGUCUCCAAGAACGCCGCCAAAAAGGCCGCGAAGGCUGCUAAGCAGGCGUCUGACAAGGCUGGCAAGGCUGCUAAACAGGGGGGUGCAAAGCAGGCUCCCAAGGCUCCUAAGAAAAAGAUCGAUGGCGCUGCCCUGAUCGGUAUUGAUGUCUCCAAAGAGGAGGACUUCCCGGGAUGGUACCAGCAGGUCCUUACGAAGGGAGACAUGCUUGACUACUACGAUGUCUCCGGAUGCUUCAUCUUGAAGCCCGCCUCGUUCAGCAUCUGGGAGGAAAUCCAAAACUGGUUCAAUGCGCGCAUUAAGAAGAUGGGAGUCAAGAACUGCUCCUUCCCUCUCUUCGUUUCGGAGGACGUCCUGAAGCGCGAGAAGGACCACAUUGAGGGCUUUGCCGCCGAAGUCGCCUGGGUGACUCAUGCCUCUGACCUUAUCUGUCAUGCACGCAGUGGCUCCACCCCGCUCGAGAGAAAGAUUGCCAUCCGUCCGACGUCGGAAACUGUUAUGUACCCUUACUACGCCAAGUGGAUCAGAAGUCACCGUGACCUGCCCCUCAAGCUCAACCAGUGGAACUCCGUCGUCCGGUGGGAGUUCAAGCACCCCCAGCCCUUCCUUAGAACCCGAGAGUUCCUUUGGCAGGAGGGUCACACCGCUCAUCUGACCCAGGAAGGUGCCCAUGAGGAGGUUAUGCAGAUUUUGGACUACUAUGCUCUGAUCUACGAGGAGCUCCUGGCUGUCCCCGUGAUCAAGGGUCAGAAGACCGAGAAGGAGAAGUUCGCCGGUGGUCUGUAUACCACCACGGUUGAGGGAUACAUCCCCUCGACUGGUCGUGGUAUCCAGGGUGGUACUUCCCACGGUCUGGGUCAGAACUUCAGUAAGAUGUUCAACAUCACCGUGGAGGAUCCUUCCGCCAAGGGUGAUGAGAAGAAAGAACCCCUCUAUGUCUGGCAGAACUCGUGGGGUCUCUCGACCCGUACUCUCGGUGUCAUGGUCAUGAUCCACAGUGACAACCGUGGCCUGGUUCUCCCUCCCCGCGUUGCGGAGAACCAGACCGUCAUUGUCCCCGUCGGCAUCACUGCCAAGACCUCGGACGAUGACCGCGCGAAGCUGUACGCUGAAAUCGAUACCCUUGUCUCCACCCUCGAGGCUGCCGGCAUCCGGGCGAUCAGCGACAAGCGUGAGGGAUACUCUCCCGGCUGGAAGUUCAACGAGUGGGAGCUUCGCGGUGUGCCUCUGCGCAUUGAGUUCGGUCCUGGCGAGUCUGCCGGCAACUUCGUCACUGCUGCUCGCCGUGACAUUCCCGGCAAGGACGGCAAGGCCACCAUCGCCAUCCCCGAACUGGGAACCGCCGUGCCUGCCCUGCUCGAGACCAUCCAGAGCGACCUCUACAAGCGCGCGGACUACGAGUACCGCACUCACCGGAAGCUCAUCACCAACUGGGACGACUUCACCCCCGCCCUCAACGACAAGAACAUCUGUAUCAUCCCCCACUGUCUGACCGAGGAGUGCGAGGACCAGAUCAAGGACAUGAGUGCCCGCAAGGCCGAGGAAGACUCCGACGAGGCCCAGGACGCCCGCGCCCCCAGCAUGGGUGCCAAGUCCCUUUGCAUUCCCUUCGACCAGCCCGAGGGCAUCGAAGCCGGCGUCACCAAGUGCGCCAACCCCCAGUGCACCCGGUUGGCCGAGAAAUGGUGCAUGUUUGGACGUUCCUACUAG